GGAUAUUCAUACUCAUAGUAUUGUUGCAGCAAUUUGUAGAUUUGAGAGAAAAGAGAGAGAUCAUGGUCGGCCUAGAAACAGAAAUAGCUGGGGCGCUUGUAGAGGGUUCUGUGACCUUUCUUCUGCAAAAAAUUGAUGCUAUUGCAACCAGAGAAUGGAAUUUGAAGCAAAUAAAUAGGAUGAAAGUCCAAGAUAUAGGACGAGAGCUGGGGAGCAUUGAGGCCCUCCUACAAGCUGAUUCAAAGGAAGAUCCUGAUCACCAAUACGCAGUCUGGAUUCAACAGGUCCGUGAUCAAGCUAAUGCCAUCGAGGAUGUUCUUGACCGGGUAAGGCUCGCUGAAGGUUCAGUGUGGUGGGGCUUGAAAAUGCGUUACUCCACCGAAGAGUUGAUACAGGAGAUUAACACGAGUCUGCAAAACAUUCAGCGGACAAGGGAGAGGUAUCACAGCAUGCGCUCCACUUCAACCCAUACUGGCUACAGCACAUACUUUCCUGUGAGAGCGGCUCCUUUGUUCACUGGCGAUGUUGACACUGUGGGCAUUGAGGAGCCUAGAAAUCAGCUGGUUUCUUGGGCCUUGGAACCGAGGCAGAGGCUUGAGGUGAUGUUCGUGGUGGGGAUGGCUGGACUGGGGAAGACCACUCUUGUCAACAGUGUGUAUGAGAGGGUGAAGCAGCACUUUGAUUGCCAUGUCUGGAUCACUGCUUCAAAGUCCAAAAACAAACUCGAUGUCUUAUGCACCUUGUUAGUAGAGGGAUUUGGGUGUUCAAUUACACAGAGGGCCGACAAGGUUGCUCAGGCGCGUAACCUGCGGAAAUUUCUCCACAACAAACGGUAUGUUAUAGUUGUUGAUGAUUUAUGGGAAAAAAAUGUGUGGGAGUCCAUUAAACUUGUAUUGCCAGAUGAUGGUAACAACAGUAGAAUAAUUAUCACUACAAGGAGAGGCGACAUAGCUAAUUCUUGCAGAGAUGAUGAUUCUAUUCAUAUCCACAAGCUCCAGCCACUGUCCUGGGAAAAUGCUAAGCAGCUCUUCCAUACUAAAGCUUUCUCAAAAAACGGCGGAUGUCCUUCAGGCUUGGAGGAAAUUUCCAAAUCCAUCUUACACAAAUGCGAUGGAUUGCCACUUGGGAUUAUUGAGAUCGGCAAACUGUUGUCAAGAAAGGCUCAAACUGCAUAUGAGUGGGACAAGUUACACAAUAGCCUUGAAUCUGAAUUGAGAAGCAGUGGUGGCCUUUCAAAUAUGAUGAGUGCGCUGUCCGCAAGUUACGAGGAUUUGCCUUACCAUCUCAAGUAUUGCUUCUUAUACUUGAGCAUGUUUCCCGAGAAUAAACCAGUUAAGCGAAGAAGACUGAUUCGGCUAUGGAUAGCUGAGGGAUUUGUAAGAGAGGAGAGAGGCAAAACUCUUGAAGAGGUUGGGGAAGAGUACCUGAAUGAGCUGAUUGACAGGAAUAUGUUGAAGGCAAAUGAAAUGGAUUUUGAUGGAAGGCCAAAAAGAGCAGAAGGGAACUUGACUGAGAAAACCCGGCGCCUAUCCAUCCAGAAGGAAGGCUUUGAUGUGCCUCAGGAUGAGCCCUUGCCCUGUGUUCGAACUUUUUUCAGUUUCAGUACAGGUAUGGUAAACAUUGGUUCGAAUUUCGAGCUAUUAAUGGUUUUGGACAUGGAAGGCACUCCUUUGGUAAACUUUCCAAGUGCCAUUACAGAUCUUGUGCUAUUGAGGUAUUUGAGUUUGAGGAAUACAAAUAUAAGGAGCAUCCCCUGGUCCCUGAGUAAACUACGGCACCUUGAGACCUUGGAUCUUAAGCAGACGCUGGUAACAAAGGUACCCAAAACAGUCCUAAAACUUAAGAAACUUCGCCACUUGCUGGUUUAUCGCUACAAUAUGGAAAGUGUCCUACCUUUUGAUAUUGUUCAGGGGUUCAAGGCACCAAAGAGGAUCGGCGCAUUGAAGAACCUACAAAAGCUUUCAUUUGUAAAGGCAAGUGGGCAGCACAGAAUGAGUCGGGAGCACAAAAUGAUACAAGGGCUCGACAAUCUUACGCAGUUGAGGAAGCUAGGCAUUGUAGAACUAGCAAAAGAACAUGGGGCAAGCUUGUGCAACUCAAUUGGGAAGAUGCGAAAUCUCCAUUCCUUGAAUGUGACAUCCCUUGAUAAGGAGGAGCCUCUGGAGCUGGAUGCAAUGGAUCCGCCGCGUCUUCUUCAACGCCUCUAUCUCAAAGGGCCCUUGCAAAGGUUUCCAAGGUGGGUUUCUUCUCUACAUGACCUGGUGAGAAUACGCCUAAAAUGGUCUUCACUCACAGAAGACAACCCAAUUGCAGCCCUUGAAGAUCUCCCAAACUUGAUGGAGCUGCAGUUACUUGAUGCAUACACUGGAGACCAGUUCGAUUUCAACAAGGGAAAAUUUCAGAAGCUUAAGAUAUUAGACCUUGAGAGAUUGGAACGACUGAAGUUUAUCAUAAUGGAAGAUGGCACAUUGCCUUGCCUACAAAAGCUGAUCAUAAGGCAUUGCAAGGAGCUGAAGCAGGUUCCCAUAGGUAUUGACAACCUCAAUCAUCUCAAUGAACUGUUUCUCUGCGAUAUGCCUGAGAAAUUCGUGGCCCAGCUAAGGAAAAAAGUCGGUGAACUUCGCCAUCUGCUUCAUCGUAUUUCGUAUAUUCGUUCAUAUCAAGGCCAGUCGAUGGAAGAUCUUUCAUGAGCCAUGACCAUAUACAGUACAUCUGAGACAUGCACCAGUGCAGCAAGAAUCAGGUCUAUAUAUAUAACAAUGUUAAUUAAGGUGUAAGUUGUUGGGAGAAUUAUCAUAUGGGUGGGCUGAUGUGAUAAGUACUAGGAAGACUUGCUCGUAUCAAGGAUUUUUAGAGCACAAUUUUACUAUUGAAUAUGUUUUCUAUAUUAUUUAUAAAUAAAUUUGAGAU